UAUCUUGCAGCUUUAUUUAUAUAUUUUUUAACAUUUAUUUUAGAGAGAGAGAGAGAGAGACAGGGUGAGCAGGGGAGGGACAGAGAGAGAGAGAGAGAGGCGCAGAAUCUGAAGCAGCUCCAGACUCUGAGCUCUCAGCACAGAGCCUGAUGUGGGGCCUGAACCCACAAACCGUGAGAUCAUGACCUGAGCUGAAGUCGGACGCUUAACCGACGGAGCCCCCUGGGAGCCCCAGUCUUGCCACUUGACUAGUUAUAGUAGUGUUUUUGUGGAAUCCAUCAGAUUUCCUACAUUGAUAAUCAUGUUGUGUGUGAAUGAAAGAGGUUUUGUUUCUUUCUUUCCAACCUGGAAGCCUUUCCUUUUGUCACUGCCUUAUCGCACUGACUAGAAUCUCCAGUUCAGUUUUUAAUUAGAAGCGAUUAGAACAGACCUUCCCGUCGUGGUCCUGAUUUUAGGGGGAAACAUUCAGUCUUCUUCCGUUAGGUAUGAUGUCAGCUGUAGGUGUUUCAUAGGAGCUUGUGUACCGAGUUAGGAAAGGUCCCCUCCGUUCCUAGUUUUCUGAGAAUUUUGAUCGGGAUGUUACAUUUUGUCACGUGGUUUUUCCGGACCUACGAGACAGUCCUGUGAAUUUUUAGCCUGUGAACAUGGCGAAUUACGUUGACCGAUUUCCACAUGCGAAGGCAGCUCUUCAUUCCUGGCAUAAAUCCCUGGAGGCGUGGUCUGUGUCCUGUCUCUCCUGUCUCUGUUACUGGGUGUGACCAUCUUCCUGUGGACGUGUCUGCCUUUCGCCUUGGUGAGCACCUGGGAGUAGGAAUGCUGGUUUACGGGGGAGAGAAGUUUACUUCUGUGAGCAGCAGCCAAACGGUUUUCCAAAGUGAGUUGAAGCCACUUAUCGUCCUGCGGGUGACGUAUGAGGGUACCAGCCUCCCUGCACCCUCGUCACACGGGGGUCCAGUCUUCUACAUUGUAGCUUUUCUGGUGGAUGCGUAAUGGCAUUUCGUCACCAACGCUUUUCUCAAAAGGUACGACAAACAUCCUGUUCCUCGAGCGAUAGCCUCUAACACACGUGAUGUACCUGAUUUUGUCUUUUGGUUCUUUUUUAAUCUCUGUACCCAACGUAGGGCUCGAGUUCAUGACCCUGAGACCAAGAGUCAGAUGCUGUGCUGACCGAGCCAGCCAGGCGCCCCGGUUUCUGUCUUUGUUCCUCUGCGAAAGGCUUAGUGUCUCCAUUUCUUAGAGUGAGACUUCCUUGAGCCCCCCUUGGACGGAGCCCUCCUGUGUGCGGGCGUGCACACGGGGCGUGUCCCCCCACACGUGCCAAACGGGCAGGCUUGCAGGCAGCCUUAAGUUGUGUACCAGUGGGUCCUCACGUCAGUCGUGAGAUGUCGGGCCCAUCUGUAGCCACUCCUUAAACCCAGAAGCCUUGUUGUCAGAGAUGAUUGUUAGCAGUGACGGGAAGCACCCCUCCGAUCACAGGUCCUCCCUGGGCUCACGUCUGUGUCUCACCCCUUUUCCCUCUAAUGCAGGGCUUGGCCAACGUUUUCUUUUUCUUUCCUUUUUGUGUCUUAAUCUCUACAUCCAACAUGGGGUUCGAACUCAAGACCCCAAGAUCGAGAGUCGGUAUUCUUCUGCUGAGCCAGGCAGCAAAUGUUUUCUUAAAGGGCCAGAUAGGACAUUUUUCGGGCUCUGCUGGCCACACCUUCUCUGUCACGACCACUCAACUCUGCUGGGUUAUUGCAGAAGGACCCAUAGACUAAAUGAUCGACGUGGCCGCGUGCCAAUAAAACUUUAUUUACAAAACACUGGGCCCGAGGGCCGCAGCUUGCUAAUCCCCGCCAAAGUGUUCUGCGGACAGAUGUUCCAGGCCGGGACACUGCGUAGAAGGAUGGCCGGGCAGGGGCAUCUGGUGGUCUUUGUUCACCCAGUCUCAGAAUGUACACACAAGUGGAUGAAGGCCGUGAGGAGGGAGGCCUGGGCUAGAGGUCCACUCUCAGAGCAGACGUCCCCGGGUGGUGAAAAGUGGGGGUCUCUCCUGCACCCCGGUGAUUCUCCCCGUUGGGCCCGUUUUGCAGGUGUCUGUUACUGUCCCAUCUUACAGAUGAGGAGGGUGAGGCCCGGAAGGGGUGCUGCUCACCCGACACUCUGUACCUGCUGGGUACUCUGUGUGCAGCCGUUGACGGAGCAGCUCCGUGAAGGUCUCUGGGGAAGGCACAGCCGAGUGAACCCCAGCCGCGCCGAACUUCCAGGAGACUGGGAAGUGAGCUCCGACCCCGGGGAGCUGGAGAAACAGAUGCUGCCGAGCCCCAAUGGUUUCUGCCGCAGACCCUCGUCCCGGGGGCCGAGGAAAUUACCAUCCGAACCGGGACAUAUCUGA